UCAUAUUUGGACAGUUGCUCCGAGACCAUUAAACUAUUUGGCAAAACAAUCAUAAGACAAUCAGUAUAUGGUUACUGUUUCGACGCGCCUAAGCUAAUUAAAAUAAACGGCAAUCUCGUUGCUAAAAAAAUGAAAAUUGGAUUUGUGCUUAUAGUCUGCGUGGUCAUUCAACAGAACACUGUUGGUGGUCAGACGUUACCUGAACUACUUAAAGAUGCCCAAUCUCAAACCGACGAACUUCAUUCGGUCGUUACAUCUGCCCUGCUCAAAUUUAGAAUGGAAAUGUCGAAUACCCUAACCGAAACUGUCAACGAAUGUUUGUCCCACAUAUUGAAUGCAUUGGAAUCACAACAACUCAGCAGCGAUACGAGCGAUGAACUGAACAUUGAAUCGGAAAGCAUUGGCAAUCAAAUAUCUCGUUGCUCAGCUCAAGCAGAUCAGGAUAUCCAAGCGGCAGUCAAACAAUUUUUCGCUGUCCUAACUCCGAUCGACGGAGAAUCGCUUACCGUGCUGAACACGGUGCUGGAUCAGAUUGUGGAAUGGAAUAUUACCAGCGAUCCAAGGGGCAUAGUGAGCAGAGUUCAUAAUAUGCUGGAAGUGAAAAACAAUGAAUUUAUGUCGAAUGCGUUGCCGUUCCUGGAAGAGGAGUUGCGAAAAUUCAAAAGAAUUUUGCUCGUAAUCCCAUCGACGGUAAGUCAGUGCGUUGGAGACCCGUCGACCAACUAAGUUUUUUAGAUUUAUCAGAUGUGCCCUUGCACCAAUUAUUUACGAAUAAAAAGCGAAAUUAAAC